CACGUCCACGUGCUCCGAUCAAAGGCGAUUCGGCACGAGUGGACCCGAGGAUCUGCUAUUAUUAGCAGUAAUGUUCUUUUUGCGAAUAGGCAAGUUCUUCCACUCUUCUGUGAAACCCAACUUGUAGGAAAUAAUCCCAUCUGGAGUGUACUUCAAGGCUCUGAUGUCGGUAACACAUGGAUGAGCAUGAUCAAAUUUUUUAUAAAAACUGUGAGUCAAAUAAUGAACUUCAUAUGGACGUAGAUUUCUAUGUGCUUCCCUGCAAGUUGCAAUGUAGUCAGCUGGAACAUUAAUCUUCUUGUUUUUCAGCUUAUUUUCUAUCUUCGAGUGCAUGGAGUCUGCCUCCAGAAACUUUUGCUCUAUCGUUACACACUUUGUCACCGAUAUCUGUAAGAGUGCAUUGGCGAGAGUCACAUUUCUGUUCUGAUAGCAGCAACCAUCACUAUACAGUAUCAAUUUGCCGGCAUCGUUCCUCAAAGGUAGUUGCGACAAGAUGAAGUUGCAAAUUAUUGUAGCAAACUCAUUUGAACCAAGGCCCCUCUCAGUCUCGUUCCACAGAUAACAGAAGCCAUCUUUGGCUUUCAAAUCGAAAACAGUAAAAGAAAACAAUGAAAGUGCCAAUAUCGUAAAGAAUGUAUGAUGUUCUACAAGGGGUAGGGGAGGUUGGGGUUAACUGGACCAUGGGGUUAACUGGACCACGUCAAUAGAAAUUAUAUGUAAAGGAAAUUUUUGUAUUCUCUCAUUGUAUGUUUACUGCAUAAGGUUGGCUGUUCUGUGUAAAGUAAUAUGGCUGGUGUGAAUACCAUACUUUCAGAAGUACAAACAAAAAACUAAUUUUCACAGGUAAGAGUAAAUUUAUUUUGCUGCAGAUAAAAGAUCCUAAAACAUGAAUUAUUAGUAGCUUACACUAUUUAUUGUUUCAGGCUAAUUUUCUAUUUAUUGCUUAACAAAAAUACAUAAUGUUAUAGUCACCUACAAGUUUGUUUACAUGCUAUUUGCAGUUAAGAGAAAAAAGUGCAUGAGGGGUUAACUGGACCAUUAAAGUUUGGGGUUAAGUGGACCGGUCCAGUUAACCCCAAAAUUGUAAGCUUAUUAUAUACGUAUUUUCACAUAUCUGCAGCACAAUUGUUCUAUCAAUUCCUGUGUAGUAAAUUUAAAAUUAUAUGGAAUAAGUGUUUUUUAAAUUCAGUUGUUUAUUUCUUUUGUUUUCUUUCAGAAAAUGCCAAGAAAUCGUGCUCGUACAACUCAAAACCGGUCAUAUUCUGUAGCAGAGCUGGAAAAUGCUGUGAAUUAUGUAGUAAAUGAACAGAUGCCUGAACGUCAAGCUGCGAAACUAUCUGGGAUCCCUCGUAGCACAGUAAAACGUUAUGUCACAAAAUACAGAGCAACAGAAGAUAUCACAAAAGUGAAUUUUCGUCCAAAGAAUGAACAUUUGCAAGUUUUUACCAGGGAUGAAGAGCUUAUUCUGGUGGACUAUAUUAUGACAAGUUCGAACAUUCAUUAUGGUUUGACAAAAGUUGCAGCAAGGCGCCUUGCUUAUGAAUUUGCAGUGGCUAAUGGAAAAACACUUAGGUCUAAUUGGGAAAUGACAAAAAUGGCAGGUGAGGACUGGCUCAUAGAAUUCAGAAAACGUCAUAACUUGGCCUUACGAACUCCAGAGCAGACAGCUUUGAACAGGGCUUUGGGAUUCAACUAAACUAAUGUCUCUGUGUUCUACACCAACUUGCGAUAUGUAAAAGAAAAGUUCAAAUUUGGUCCUCAAGAUAUCUACAAUCUCGAUGAGACAGGGGUAACAACGGUUCACAAACCUUAAAAAAUUCUUGCUGAAAUGGGAAAAAAGCAAGUAGGACAAAUGACUACUGCUGAACGAGGGGUUUUGGUUACUGUUACAGCUAUCGCAGGAGCGACAGGAAAGGUAGUGCCACCGUUCUUUAUUUUUCCAAGGAAAAAUUUCAGAGACCACAUGCUUAAAGGUGCUCCACCUGGAAGUGAUGGAGGAGCUAGUCCCAGUGGAUGGAUGACAAGUGAACUCUUUCUGUCUGUGCUGAAGCAUUUUGCAAAGCAUGAAAGACCUACUAAGGACCAACCUAAAUUAAUCAUAUUGGACAAUCAUGAAUCACAUAGUAGUAUUGACUGUCUAAACUUUGCUAAGGACAAUGGAAUUGUGUUACUAACUUUUCCUCCCCAUUGCAGUCACAAAAUGCAGCCCCUCGAUUUGACGGUAUUUGGACCUCUGAAGGCUAAAUACAACAGUGCGUGCUCUGAUUUCAUGUGUAACUUCACAGGAACACCUACCAGUGCACCAAGAAUUACCAUUUAUGACAUUGCAGGCCUUGUUGGUGUGGCUUACCCUUUGGCUUUUACACCAGCAAACAUCUUGAAGGGGUUUAGUGUUAGUGGCAUUGAACCUUUUAACUCAAAUGUGUUUACUGACCAAGAUUUUAUGUCAUCGUAUGUAACAGACCAGCCUCUAACAACUCAAUCGUCAGCAGAAUAUGACUCCCCAGGUGAAGGGCCAAGCACAUGUAGAGAUGACAACAUAGGGAAUCCUGAACCUAAUUCUGAGGAACUGAAAUCAACAAUUAGGUCUCCUGAAGACAUUUGGCCAUAUCCCAAGGUUGAAAGACGAGAAACAAAAAAUGGUCGAAGGAAAGGAAAAUCAACUGUCCUCACAGACACACCUGUAAAACGACAGCUGCAGGAAGCAGCAAACAACAGAGCAGCAAAGAAAUCGUCAACAAAACGAAACAGGACUGAAGUCAAGACAUACAGAGCACGUCGAAUAUUGGAAGAAAGCAGCAGUGACUCAAAAGAUCCUGAUCAAUUACAGUCUGUUGAUUCUUCUGAUGAUUUGUUCAACAGCGAUGAAGAUAUUGAAUCAGUUCAAAGUGGAGACUUUAUUGUGGUUAAAGUGAAAGGCAAAACUCCAACUAGCAGCCGCAAUUAUGUUGCUCAAGUUGUGAAAAUGUAUGAUGAUGGACUUGCAGUUCAGUUUUACAAGAGGGUUGUCUCCACAACCAAAUUUGAAGCUGCCAAUGAAGAAGAGACCUUCAUUGCUUCAAGCGAAGUAAUUGCUAAGCUACCUAGCCCAAUGCAUGGCACAAGAGCUCGUUACAAGAACAUGAUAUGGUUCCCAAUUGAUGUAACUAAAUUCAGUGUCCACUAGAACUGAAGAAAGUUGACCUUACUUUGGUUAUUUUAAAAUAAUCAACUCAAUUCAGAAGGAUUUGUGUUAUAUAUGUUACAUUUUAAGCUACGAGAUUGUAUGUUUACUACAUUCACUCAAAUGGUUAAGUUAACCCCAAUGUGUGGUCCAGUUAACCCACCCACUGGGGUUAACUGGACCAAAAUUUAUUUUAUUUUUUUAAUUUUUUUUUCUGAAAUGGGUAAGAGAUACAUGUACAAUGACAAUACUAAAGCUGGUGUGCAUAGGUAUGUUAAUGUUCAUGAAAUAAAACUGUAAGAAUUGACAUUAUUUCUGCAAAAUAACGAGGAAAGAAAUUUUCCGGUCCAGUUAACCCCAACCUCCCCUACUCAUGAGAUCCAUGCCGAAAUCAUUCUUGGCUCUUGACAUUCUGAAAUGAAGAAUGGAUAGCUAAAUCGUAUAAAAUAGUUUAGACAUUACCUCCAAAACAUUUGAUAUUAUGGCCUGUAUUACAAAAGUUUGAAAAGUAUAAUUUAUUGCAAUAAGUGUUUUGUAUGCAUAAAUAACCGAUGGACAAUAGGUAAAGUGUGAGAUAAUAAUAAAAUGUACCUGUCCAUACGUACAAACAAUAUCGAAACAACUAGAAUAUUAUUUUAAAAACAAUUAAUAGACAGUCCAACAAUAACACUGUGUUUGUUAACUAACAAAAUGGAGUUACGAGGUAUGCUAAUAUGCAGGAAAUCGACAGCUGGAGAUAAGAGGUUUUCUGAAAAUAGGAUUGUAGCCCAUAGGGAUUGUUUAUUGUUAUGAUCUUUGGAAUUGUAAUAUAACACAUAACUGAGUAUAUAGUAGUACCAAAAACCAAUUUUUGACAAAAAGUGGAGUUACGAGGUUUGCUAAUUAGACAGACGAUUUGCAGACACCGAGAGAAUGGCUGUGGCCGGGUUUUCUCAUACGGGGCCCUAUUCUUGACGCUGCCGGAAUAAUUCCGGUAGCAGAAUGAUCCGCAAGUUUCAACCCGCUAGACAGCUAAAUGUCUAUUCUUGAAACUGCUAUUGCUGCUACCGGAAUCAACAUUGUCGGGUUUAUGAAAUGUCUUUAUGGAAGUAUGGCAACGUCCAAUUUUGUGUUGACGUCACUGGUAGAAGGCCAAUCACAACGAGGGAAGGACCAUUUCUUAUUAAAAGUUAAAUGUUUUCAUUAUACUCGUAUAUUUUCUCUAGUUGAUGGACGUGGAGGUUAUGUAAUAUGUAUAAUAAUUACAAAACUAAUAAUUAUAAAUGAAUGGUAUGGCUUAUAUGAAAAAAAAAUCGGGGAAAUAUAUUGUGUUAUGAAAUGAACAACUUUAUUUUAUUUUAGAAAAACUACUAAAAACAUGCAAAUAUUUGCGAAAAUAUUUACAAAUUCGUGUGGAUUUUUUAUUAAAAUUUACAAUUCUUAUCCAUUAAAAGUACUCGUUUUUUAGUUUAUUGUUUCUGAUUACUUGAUAGAAUUUAAAAUUCUUAUCACUUAAAAGUAAUCGUUUCUUAGUUUGUUUCUGCUUACUUCGCCGCAACUUUUUAUGUUAGUGUAAAAUUUGAGGUGAAAAUAAAUUUUAUGCGGUGUUUCUUGAUUCAGCAAACAAUUGUGAAUGUGUACAUUAAGAUUUUUAUAACUGCAAGUCAAUACAAAAUUAUAAAAUUUUAUGAACAUCAUCUGGCAUCAUGGUGCGGGGGGAAAUGGGUAAAAGUUCUGUAUUGUGUAUCCAAGUUAACCUGUGAUCCUGUUGGCAUGAUCCUGUACACCUGAUCCUGUGGUACAUGAUGCUUAUUUUUUUAGCAGUGGGCAGACGCGUAGCGCCGACACAUUUCGCGCGACAGCGCGAAAUCUGAUGUUAUUUAUCAUAUACGUAAUUUAUUUUUUACAUCAGGUUUCGCGCUAUCGCGCGAAACAAGUCGGUGCUACACGCCUUCCCACUGAUAAAAAAGAUAAGGAUCAUAUAACACAGGAUCAGGUGUACAGGAUUAUGCCAUUAGAAUCAAAGGUAUAUCUGGAUACACCUGGAUAAGCAAUACGGAACUUGUACCAAAGUUUGUUAUUGUUUGGUGUAGGGGCUUCUUGAAAACAAUCUUAUCAAUUUAUAAACAAAAUUUUUAACUAUAUCUUCUUUCAUCAUUUAUUUAAUAAUACUUAUGUGGGUUUUCAUCGGUGUGUGUUGUUUUCAAUCAUAUUAUUUGCGUGGUAGGAAUGUUGGCUCUGUUUGUAAGAUAGGGAAGGGUAAAUAGGAUAACCUUUAUUUUCACAAUCACUUAUCAUGGUGGGAAACUCAUAUAUAAAUGGACUCAUUAAGUACUUUUCAAUUCCGGGAUGGAUGUACUUUUAACGAAUACAUGUGCAUAAUCUAACUACCACUAUAGUUUUGUUCCAUCAAAACAUGACACAUGAUUGCAAUAUUUGGUGUCAAAAACGAAUUACGUAAUAUAGAAACUACGUUACCGGUAUUGUAUUUAUCACAAUAUACGUCAAAUAAGCCACAAAUUUAUACACAGCAAAAAUUUCAAUGUUUUUUAUGCUAAGUAGGUACAAUAUUAAGUACUUAAUGGAAGAUGGUAAAUAUAACUUUCAUAACGUAAUAUUUAAAUACCUGCCAUUGCAAAUCACACAAACAAAUGUAAUAAUACUUAAAACAUUAAAUAUUAGUUAAAUUGUUACAAAAGUUUUCUCGCCACGCACACACGAAUUUUGAAGGUUGAAAGCAUCACAUGGCGUAUUUUUAUCUGAAUAAUCACAUAACAUAAUGAAGCGAAUAAGUUUUUUCUGGUUUUAAAUGAAGUAAUCUAAUAUAAGUAUAUAAACACACACAUUAUUAAACGAGAUUUAAAUGUAGCUAACCUAAACUAACCAAACAUACAAACGAUUUAAAUAUUUUUCAGAACCAUAACAGAGACUCCAUUUUGGACAAAUCAUGGUUUCAAAGAACAACGCUCAAAUCUCUACCGGAAUUGUGAUUCCGCCAGCUCACGAGGUGACGGAAUAAUUCCAGUAGUUUGUGACGUAAUUCCGAUACAUAAUUCCGCUAGCGAGUGUUCAAGAAUAGGGUUUAGCAAAUUUCUGGUGGAAUUCAGUAAUUCCGCUAGCGGAAUUCUUCCAGCAGCGUCAAGAAUAGGGCCCACGGCCUUAUUUUGUGCAAUUCCUGUGUGAAAUGCAUCUUUUUCCCCUCAUUUUUGUUCAUUUCUGGCUGAACGGGUACCACCCAAGGCCAUAACAAUCAAGGAAGAAGAAGAAAAUGGUCACAAAAAGUACAAAUAUACGUUGAACAGAAGUCUACUCUACAGUCUAGGAUAUGUAAUCAAUCCAAAAUCGUUUCGUCCUGCCGGAAGAUGCAUAAAUUCGUUUCAAGAAAUGCUGUCUUAAUUGCAGCAUGUGAAGUUGACUGCUCAGAGCAGAAGCCUUUCGAAGCGGUUUUUCUCCCAAUCAAGGAGGAGUUGACACAUGAACUGCCGGCAGAUGGAGACGUCUGUGUGAAGCAGGAGCCAAUCACGGAGGAGUUGAACGAACUGUGUUCCUGUACCGGUCUGUGCCAGCAAGUGAAGGAGGAGAUAACUAUAGAAGAGCACUCCACUACCCCAGCCGCAGCAGUAGUUGAACGGAAUGAACCUCACAACUGUGUGGGUCGCCAUGGCAACACUUCAUCCAGCUGCAUUGGACACAGUUCCCAAGACUCACCAGAUACCAGCAUCUUAUUGAAGAGAGAUGUGUCUCAUACUGACACCAUAUCAAACAGCAUAAAUAAUUUAGCUGGAUCCACUGAUGUUAAUGUUACUAACAGUCAGGAUAAAAUUUGCACUGGUAACAACAUUUUAUCAUUUGGAUUUAGUUCGUACAUUCAACAACAGUAUGCCCAAAAAGACACUGGCAAUAAACAAUUUUCUUGUGCAGAAUGUUCAGCAAAGUUUAGCCACAAAGGUGACCUGAAGAAGCAUACUCGAACACACACUGGAGAAAAACCUUUUCCGUGUACAGUAUGUUCUGCCAAGUUUAGACAGCUUAGUCAUCUGAAGCAGCACUCUUUUGUACACACUGGAGAAAAACCUUAUUCUUGUACCGUAUGUUCUGCAAAGUUUAGACAGCAUACUGCUCUGAAGCAGCACACUCGAACACACUCUGGAGAAAAACUUUUUUCAUGCACAAUAUGUUCUGCAAAGUUUAGCCAACUUGAUCAUCUGAAGGAGCACACUCAAACACACACUGUAGAAAAAACUUUCUCGUGUACAGUAUGUUCUGCCAUGUUUAGCCAGCUUAGUCAUCUGAAGCAACACACUCGAACACACACUGGAGAAAAAACAUUUUCUUGUUCAGUAUGUUCUGCCAAGUUUAGACAACAUAGUCAUCUGAAGGAGCACACUCGAACACACACUGGAGAAAAACCUUUCUCUUGUACAUUUUGUUCUGCUAAGUUUAGUCAGCAAGGUGCUCUGAAACUGCACACUCGAACACACACUGGAGAAAAACCUUUUUCAUGUACAAUAUGUCCUGCAAAGUUUAGCCAUCAAGGUAACCUGAAGCAACACAUACAAACCCAUACUGGAGAAAAACCUUUUUCUUGUACACUAUGUUCUUCCAAGUUUAGACUGCUUAGUCAUCUGAGGCAACACACUUAUAUACACACUGGAGAAAAACCUUUCUCUUGUACAGUAUGUUCUGCUAAGUUUAGUCAGCAAGGUGCUCUGAAGCAGCACACUCGAACACACACUGGAGAAAAACCUUUUCCAUGUACAGUAUGUUCUGCCAGGUUUAACCAGCAAGGUGACCUGAAAAAGCAUACUCGAACCCACACUGGAGAAAAACCUUUUUCUUGUGCAGUAUGUUCUGCCAAGUUUAGACAGCUUAGUCAUCUGAAGCAGCACACUCGAACACACACUGGAGAAAAAACAUUUUUCUUGUAAACUGUGUUCUGCCACAUCUAGCCAUCAAAAUGCUUUGAAAAGGCAUACAGUAAUGCAUUGCGUUAACGAACUUCAGGAUAACGUACACUUCACUAUAACGAACAUCUCCUAUGGUCCCGCCAAAACGCAAUGCAAUCACACGUAAAUUAUUUUCAACUAUACGAAUUUUCCAGCAAUAUUUUGCAAGAGGUUUACAAAAUCUUCACGUUAACGAACACGAUAUAUAUGCUGGACAAUCUUCAUAAAUAUUUCCGUCUCAAAAUUUCAUUAUGAAAUGAUAACGAAACGUAAGAAGCGAAACAAUACGGCACACAAUGACAGCAGAACACAUCAAUUAGGUAACAACGCUAUUAAUAUCUAACGUCUUUUGUUGACGCGCCUACAGCGCUCCCACUUCUAGCAUCUGCCGCCACCUUGCAUUGGCGCGCCUGCAGCGCUCCUACUUCUAGCAUCCACCGCCAAAGGCCAUUUUCCGUUGCGGAUGUUUUGUAUACACCAUUAUGUCAUAUCCGUGUUGUGUGUUUUUAUUUCGCGCCUGCAAUACAAAACAUGUUACGUAAAUUGUAAAGUAUCGUGUGAGUUUUAUGUUUGUAAUUUUUUUUUUUUUUACAUUUUCAAAUUGUUUGGCAAAAUGUUGCCGAGAAAGCGGAAAUCAUUUGAUAUGAAAACGAAACUAGCUAUAAUUAAAGCAGUAGACGACGGGAAGAUGAAAACCGACAUCGCAACAGAAUUUGGUAUCGCGAAAUCUACUUUGUCCACGAUUUUAAAUCAGCGGUCUGAAAUUAUGAAACAUGAUUUUUUAUCCCAUAGCCGAAAACGUAUUUCAGUGGCACCAUAUGAAGUCUUGGAGAAGCGAUUGUUUGACUGGUUGAUGCAGUCAAGAGCAUCAAACAUACCAGUAGCUGGGAAUGUCUUGCAGGAGAAGGCACUCGAAGAAGCCCUAAAAUUGGGAUUUGACAACUUUCAAGCUUCAGGUGGGUGGCUACACAGAUUUAAGGCAAGGUACAACUUGAGUACCCUGAAAGUGUCUGGUGAAGCUGUUGCUGUUUAUGUCACUGUACAGGAGAAAUGGCAAGCCGAACUGGAUUCUCUGAUUGCCGAUUAUGAGAAGAAAGACAUUUUUAAUGCUAAAGGGCGGGAAUAUUUUUUAAUCUCCUUCUUGAUAGAACUUUGGAGGUUAGGGGUCAAACAUGCCAUGGAGGCAAAAGAAACAAAGAAUGUUUCACAGUGCUUUUUUGUGUAAACAGCGAUGGUUCUGAAAAAAUGGAACCACUAAUUGUUGGUAAAUUUGCUAAACCACGUUGUUUCAAAAAUGUAAAGCACUUGCCAUGCAAGUAUAGGAACAACAAGAACUCUUGGAUGAUCUCAUCAUUGUUUCAAGGAUGGGUGUGCAAAACCGGAAGGUAAUGUUGUUUAUUGACCACUGUGCUGCCCAUAAUGCUAAUUCUGCUGCUCUAAGGAACAUCAAAGUGGUUUUCCUUCCACCAAAUUGCACCAGUACAUUACAACCACUUGAUCAGGGCAUCAUAGCACAGGUGAAACGAGAUUAUAAAAGACAGCUGGUGCAGUUUCUUCUGCGACAGAUGGAUUGUGGUAAAGAAGCGAGUGUUUUAAAGUGGAACAUUUUGCAAGCUAUCCACAGACUGUGUUCGGCAUGGAGCCGAAUCAAGCCUAGCACUGUUGUGAAUUGUUUUGCCAGGGCAGGGUUCCCUGCAAGCUCAAGUGGAGAUGACUGUAUUGAUGAUGCAGAUGAAUGUGAAGCUGCAUGGGUGGAAAUACAAAAAAAAUUUGAUAGCUGCCAGUCAUAAUGUCUACCAUUGAUAAUCAGCUGACAUGUAUCAGAUGAUACAACUUCAGAGUGUGACGAGGAGACCGCCCAGGCAAACGAAGAUGAGGAGGAUGAUACGGAAGAGGUUGAGCUCAAGCGGCCUUGGAGAGAUGUGUUGGAGAGGCUGUUUUUAACGUCUCACCACAUGGGAGUUCUCCAAAGUAUUGAGAAGGAUGUAACUCGGGAACUGGGGGCAAUGAAAAAGCAGUCAUCAAUUAAAGACUUUUUUUCAAAAUCAAAGGGAAUUGUGUGUUUUUUUUGUUGAAAUCAGCUAGUUUACUUCAUAUAAUUACAUAGUCUUACUUUAAUAUUUUAGAACAGUGUUUUUUAAUGUGUUCCCAUGAACUUGAGUCUGCACCAUCUGUUUUUAAAGACAAGAUCAGUUAAACUAGAAUUGAUAAAUAUUACAUAUUUUUAUUCUUAAUGUGUUUACAGUUAUUUACAAGUUUUCAUGAUUUUUUAUAGUGAUGAAUUGAGAAAUAAGUAAUUUUUAUACAGUUGCUAACGUACUUUUUAUGUUGUUAAUAGACACAACCAAAAAUAAAGCAAUUUUUAUGAUUUCAG